AUGGCUACAAAGCGAAAUUGGUCACAGUAUUGUGAUGGAGUAUCUCUUGACCCAGAUUCAAAAGUCAGACGUCGAUCUACACGCAUCAACAAAAGGUCGAACCAAGCACUACCUCGCAGGACGACGCGAGGAUCACCCAACUAUUGCGAACCGGAUUACUACUCCUUCUGGCUUGAAUCGGAUGAAGAAUAUGAGGAGGAUGACGAGGACGAACAGCAACAGAGCGAGAGUUCAGAGGAUUCAGAGAUAUUAGAGGAGGAAGAAGAAGAGGACGGCGAUGACGACGACGAGGAAAACUGCUACGAUCAACCCAGCAAUAACCACAGGGGCCAAAUCAACACCCCCCAGCACGACCAAUUCCCCGAAAAGCAGAAGCCACCACCACCACCAAUCAUUGUUUUAGACGAUGAAGAGCAUGCUACAACUACACCAAGCAAUAACCCAACCAAACCCCAACAAAGACCACGAGCUAUCCUCACACUGCGUUUCACAAGUGGGAAACUGCUGGCAAGCGGCAUGAAUAAUACAUCCCAGUCGCAUACCAGCGCAGCAUCACGACAACAACAACAACAACGAGCCACCAUCAGCAAGGACAUAGCGCAGACUGAGCUCUCACAUGCCUUGGCUAAUGCCGCUGCUGCGAGGGAGGAACAUGACCGUGCUGAGGCUGCGCUUACAAGAGCUCAGCGAUGUUGUGAUGAGGCUGCAAGCAGGAGAGAUGCCGCGAAUAAGAAAGUACACGAGUUGUGCGAGAAGGUUAUGAGGAGUAGGGAGUGA